GUGGCAAAAUCCCAUACAAGCCAAAAGCUGAUCCCUUCUUAUCGUCCUCAUCAAUGCUUCUCUCUGUCCGCCAUUGAUAUACAGGCGCAGAAGCUCCACGCAAUGUCACCAGCAACAGUUUCUCCGGCGAUGGAGUCCUUAGUUUUGCAACUCCACGAAAUCUCUGCUGUUAAGUUCGGCAACUUCAAGCUCAAGACCGGUAUAAACUCUCCAAUAUACAUUGAUCUUCGCGUUAUUAUUUCUUAUCCUUCGCUGCUCACUCGAAUUUCCAAAACCCUAAUUUCUUCUCUUCCUUCAUCUACCUCCUACGACCUCGUUUGCGGUGUUCCUUACACCGCUCUUCCUAUUGCGACUUGCAUCUCCGUUUUGAACAAUAUUCCGAUGGUUAUGCGCCGGAAGGAGAUUAAGGAUUAUGGCACUGCGAAAGCGAUCGAAGGUCGUUACCGAGUGGAUCAACGAUGUUUGAUUAUUGAGGAUUUGGUGACGAGCGGUGCGUCGGUUUUGGAGACUGCUGCGCCGCUGCGGGCGGCGGGGAUGAAGGUGAGUGAUGCGGUUGUGUUGCUUGAUAGAGAGCAGGGUGGGCGAGAGAAUUUGGAGGAGAAUGGGAUUAAAUUGCAUUCGAUGAUUAAGUUGAGCGAGGUGGUGAGGAUCUUGAAGGAGAAGGGGAUUGUUGGAGAAGAAAUGGAAGGGGUGGUGGGGAAAUUCUUGGUUGAGAAUCGGAAGGUUGCGGUGCCGAAAGUGGAGAAGCCUGUUAGAGCUAAGUCCAUUUCCUUUCAAGAAAGAGCGAGGUUGGCGAAGAAUCCAAUGGGAAAGAGGCUGUUCGAGGUGAUGAUCGAGAAGGAAAGCAAUUUGUGCGUAGCGGCCGAUGUUGGCACCGCCGCGGAGCUGCUCGACAUCGCUGAGAAAGUUGGGCCAGAGAUUUGCUUGCUGAAAACUCAUGUGGAUAUACUGCCAGAUUUCACCCCCGACUUCGGUUCCAAACUUCGCUCGAUUGCUAAGAAACACAACUUCUUAAUCUUUGAAGAUCGCAAGUUUGCAGACAUUGGAAAUACAGCAACAAUGCAGUAUGAAGGAGGUAUUUUUCAUAUAUUAGACUGGGCAGAUAUAGUCAAUGCCCACAUUAUUUCUGGUCCUGGAAUUGUAGAUGGAUUGAAAUUAAAGGGGUUGCCUCGAGGUAGGGGUCUUUUACUGCUGGCUGAAAUGAGCUCAGCUGGAAAUCUUGCCACAGGAGACUACACAUCCACAGCCGUUAGAAUUGCAGAAGAGCAUUCUGAUUUCGUCAUUGGCUUCAUUUCUGUUAAUCCAGCAUCCUGGCCAGGUGCGCCUGGAAAUCCUACAUUCAUUCAUGCCACCCCUGGAGUCCAAAUGGUCAAGGGUGGUGACAAUCUUGGACAGCAAUACAAUACCCCAUAUUCUGUUAUCCAUGACAGAGGAAGUGAUAUCAUAAUAGUCGGGCGCGGGAUAAUUAAGGCAGCAAAUCCUGCCGAUGCAGCUCGGGAGUAUCGUCUGCAGGGAUGGGAUGCAUAUUUAGCUAAGACCACCUAAACGUAACUUGAAUUUAGGAAAUAAUGUUGUGCGGGUUGUCUAGGACAGAGGAUGCAGCCUGGGAGUAUCAUCUGAUAACAUCUCGUGUACCCAAUGAAAGCCAGUUUUAACCUAAUUCAGUUCCAGAAUUUGUGGUUUUUCAGUUUAUGCAUUGUUAAGUGACAAUGUGUAUUCUGUACUAUCAUAUGAAACUCAACUCCACAUUAAUUCUACGAACAUGUUGCGUGUAAAUUCACACGAACUACUCGAAAGAGAACUCGUGCACGCACACUUCAAAAAAAGUUCAAGGAAUCGAACCUGUUCUUCCCAA